AUGUCUAGUCAAGAGUCUGAUCAAGAUGAAGAUGACACUGUCAGCAGUCAACUUCCUGGCUUGGUCUGGCCAAAGUCCGAUCACCACUGUUCAAAUAAAUUAUACCGCGGCUAUUUCUUCAUAUACACUGACGCAGAAAUCGAGACCCGGGGUGCUAAUGGUGAGGCGCGCUAUGUUUACCUUGUCCGAUUUGACCCUAUCCCUCAGGAGUGGGAAGAGGACGAGGACGAGGAUGAGGAUCUCGAGUUAGACCUCGACCCGAUGAAACACCCUGUAAAUUCGCAACGGCUUAAAGUCAGGGACCAAGACUUUGAGAUAAGCUUGGGUGGUUAG